CAAUGUAUUUCUGUGGAGUAAAACUAUGAAUUAGUUUCAGAGCAGCAGUAGAGAUAUGUCUUAACGGCACUGGCUUUCCCAGAGGCUAUAAAAGGCAACCUGAAGCUCAGAUUCACUUCACCUCACCACAUCCCAACACCUUCACCUCGAAGAUGACAAAGGACAUGUUUCCACAUUUCAGCAAGGCUUUGGUGAAAACACUGGGCUCCAGCAGUGACCUAAUCAGUAACAGAGAUCUAAACAGAAACUGGGAGUUGAUGACCCUUGUGAAGGUUAAAAAGAAGGACCAUUUGACUUUCUUAAACAACUGGAAAAGGUACAAGCCGUUGGACCUGAAACUGAGGAACAUUGUUAAAGAAGACCUCUUUCUGGAGCCAGAAAUUGAGCCCUUGGUGAAGGAUUACAAAAACUGUAGCGAGGUCGAUGGCAGUGUCGAAGUAGAAGGAGGCGAUGAUAAAUUUGAAGGUAAACUGAAGGGACACCAAGACCGCAUUGAUUCAUCGUCCAUUGUGAGCUUUGAGAAAGAGCAAUUCAGCAGCAAAGACAUGGAAAAUCUCACCAUGACAACCUUUGAAGUGGAUCCAAAUAUAGUUCACAAGCUUAAGAUGAAAGAAGGAGAAAAACUGGCUUUUGUGAAGCAGAGAAUUUACAACACAAAUGAGAUCCAAGUUUCGACCAAGACCUGCAAAAGUGGGUCCUUUGGAUUAAAGCUUCUUCACUUUUUCUCGUUAGGUUUUGAGGUAAGCAGUCAUGGGAAAGGCUAUUAG